CAAUACCAAGAUUGUUUCAUUCUUACAUUCAAAACAUACGGAGCAUAUGUAUAUAGUCCAGAACUCCAGUAUAUCCAUCCAAGGAACUCCACGGGGCUUUUCCUUCGGAUUUCGCCUCAUCGCCAAAACGCAUGUAUGGAUGUAUAUCUAAAAUUGAGCUGUUAAUUUCCUUGCUUGGGGUUAAUUGAGUUUUCCAUCCCCUUUGAUAUAUCAAUACAAGAUAAAUAGACUAUGUUAUGAUUUGAUCCUGCAUAAGUUGUGGUUUCUGCUUCGGUAGAUGGCUAGGCAAAGCAAUUGUAGGAGGAAGGCUCGAUCUGAGUGUAUAGGUUCUGAUCAGUCUGACGAGGAUUACAUUAUUGAUGAAAAUGAGUGUGAUGAGUCAGAGGAUGAAUACUCAUCUUUUAUUGAUGAUGAGUCUGAGGAGAGUAUAUGUGCAUAUGAAGAUGAGGAAGAAGAUAAAGAGACGAGGUCGGAAAGGAAGAAGUUGAGGAACACAGUUAGACAAAGAGCGUCAAGGACAAAUAAAAAAAGAGUUGUAAGACCUAGAAAAAGGAAAAGAGUUUCAUACAGGGAAGAUGAUGUUGAAGAAGAAGAAGAAGAUGAUGAUGAUGAUGAUGAUGAGGAUGAGGACUUCAAACCAGAUGAGGUUUUUGGUGUACAUGAAGAAGAAGCUGAGUUUCCCAUAACAAUUGGGAACAAGAACUUCCGUAGGCCAGGUGUGCAAAGUGUCAUUUCCGAAGUUGUAGAGGAUGAUGACAUUGAAUAUGUACCUGAUGAAGUUGAUUGUACAGAUGCUGAAGAAGAUGAACAGCCCCGGACAAAAAGCAAGUCAGGCAAGUUCCGAUUGCGCAAGUUCAUUGCCAAUGUGGAAGAAGAAGAUGGUAGUGGUGGUGGUGGUUAUGAUGAUGAUGAAUUCGGAAUAAAUGAGAUGGAUGGUGCUGAUGAUGAGGAAGAUGUGUUUCCUGUGGUCAAAAGCAGAAAGAAGUUGAGAAAGAGAAUGUUGCAUAAGGGCAUUGCCAAAGAUGGUGAUGAUGAUGAUGAUGAUGACGAAUUUAAACCAGAUGAGUUAGGUGAAGCUGAUGAUGAAAACGAUGAAGAAGAAAUUCCCAUGACAUCAUGGGGUGAGAAGGUGAAUGGGGUACAGUUGCAAAGAUGCCUUUCUGAAGGGGCAGAAUAUGAUGAUGAUGAUGAUCAUAAUAAUGACAAUUACUUCACACCAGUUGUGGUUGAUCACUUGGAUGAGGAAGAUGAGUGCUCCACAAUGAAAGGGUGUCGGAAGCUUCGCAGCACAUGUAUGUUCCAGGGCAUAGAUAAAGGGAAACCGAGUAAGAUCACAAGGGGGGAAACAAUAAAUAAGGAUGUAAUAAACAGGGGAGAUCCAGUUGAUAAAGAUGUGAAGCUAAAUGAUGUUUGCGCUGCAGAAGAAAAGAAUAAGAUCAGUAUAGAAGGGGAAAAGAUAAAAAGGCUAAUUGUACAUUCAGAUUCAAGUUCUGCUAAUAAUGGGCUGUUAGACUGGAGGUGUCCAGUGAUCCCAAAGAAUUUUAUGGAACCAGAAAGUUCACAGCUUCAAAAGAAGCACUCAAGAAGGAAAGGUAAGGAGAAGGUAGAAGAUUGGAAGCCUGAAGUAGGAAAGCAGGUUUGUGGAAUAUGUUUGUCUGAAGAAGGUAAAAGGAGAGUUCGAGGAACUUUGAAUUGCUGUAACCACUACUUCUGCUUCGCUUGCAUCAUGGAAUGGUCCAAGGUUGAAUCCCGUUGCCCUCUCUGCAAGCAAAGAUUUGUCACAAUCAGCAAACCUGCAAAACCAAAUGCGUGCUUAGAUUUAAUGACUGAGGUUAUUCAAGUCACUGAACGUGAUCAGGUAUAUCAACCAUCUGAAGAGGAGCUUAGGGGGUAUCUUGAUCCAUAUGAAAAUGUAAUUUGUACUGAAUGUCAACAAGGUGGAGAUGAUGCUGUAAUGCUACUCUGUGAUCUAUGUGAUUCCUCUGCGCAUACUUAUUGUGUUGGUCUUGGACGUGAAGUACCAGAAGGUAAUUGGUACUGUGAGGGGUGUAGACCAACUGCCCUUGGUUCUGCGAACCAGCAAAAUUUGAAUCUUCCUUCUGAGAAUAGAACAAACAACUUCUCUGUCAUAUCACCACCUCCUGUAGCAGAUGUGAGACAGACAUUUGAUUUAAAUGAGAUGUACAUCCCUGAGACUCCAUUAAACCAAGAAACUUUCAAUGUUCCAUCUCCUGGAACGGCAUUGCCAGCUGCAGGAACUGCAGUAACGGUUUCAGACAGGAGAAGGAUACAACGUCAAAUACAUCUAAUUCUCAAUGACAGGAUGAGACAGGUGGAUGAUUAUAGAACGACUGGGAUUACUACUGAUGUGACAGAGAACUAUCUUUUCGGCUCUCAAAUUAGGGGGUUAGAUCCCCGACCCCAUUUUUCCUUCCUUUCUGGAAGACGCCUGCAGGAUAAUAUCUCUGUUUUAUUGCAUAGUAGAAAUGCUUUUGCUGCAGCAUCCGGGCAUUUUAAUGGGCAAUCGGUUCAGAACCAACCAUUUACAUCAGUUCAGGGGUCCUUUAAUGGAUUCCUACAAGAAGGUGAUUUUGGAGCGGUUAACCAAGGCAACAGCUCAAGUUUGGUUAAUCCCCAGCUUCUUCCUUGCAGUGGCAGGCCUAACACUGUGCCAAAUGCUAGCACAUCUGAUUAUCAAUUUAGAGAGGCUACAAUGCCUUCUUGGUCUUUGCAUGGAGGAGGCUAUACACAUCAGUUUAGCUAACUGGAAGGCUAGCCAAGUGAAAUAUGCAUAUAAUCCCAAGAGAUUAAUGGGAAAGUUUGAUCUUGUAAUACCCACAAGGUUAUCAGGUGUUGUCUAAACCCCAUGUGUAAGAAGGGAUACAGUGAACAAUGCUAACAGCAGUCCAAUCUUCAUCUAUGAUGGUGUUGCUCUGCAGGUCUUUUCUAUAUACAUUCAACUCUUCCUCAUAUCUAACUUGUCCAUUUUCUUAGUGUAGUAAUUUCAUUUAUUCUUUUCCACACACACACACACAUGAUGCCACACUUGUUUCCCAAUUAUGCUCCCCUGCCUUUUAAUAUAUAUGAUCAUUUCAUUCUUGGAUAAUCAACAAGGCUAGACAAACCAGCACAGCCUUUGUAGUUUUAUUGAUUUUCCAACUUGAUUGAUAAAUUAUUUCUAGACGA